UUGUCAAACAGUAAAGUUUCGUUGAAUCCUCCGAGCGAAGUGUCGGCGGAGGACAAACCACAGAAUCUCAAACUGACUGGGAAUGUGAGCAGAACUGGAACAAAUUAACCGCAGUGAAAACAUUAGGCAUUUUGAAGGCUUAGCUUGAAACCUCCGCCUUAAAACAUCACGCAUCACCAGGGAAUAAACGGAGGACUAGCUUUAAGUCCAAGUCGAGCGUCAGUAGUUGGGACAUCCUCACAGCCUGCUGCCUCUGCUUCCGAGGUGCCUUCAAAAUGGUGACCCUAAAAGAUUCAAACAAUUUUCAAUAAAACCACAGGACCAAACUUUGUACAACUGCAUCUCUCUCAGCACAAACGUCUCAAAGGCAUUCCUCCCACCGCACCGGUGCAGCCAUGCAUCUGGAGGUUAAGGUCGCCCUCAACUUCAUUGUGUCCUACCUGUACAACAAGCUGCCUCGGCGUCGUGCUGACCUGUUUGGAGAGGAGCUGGAGAAGAUACUAGUGUCUCGUUUUGACGGACACUGGUACCCUGAAGCUCCCAUGAGAGGUUCUGCUUUCCGCUGCAUCCACCUGGGAGCCCAGAGAGACCCUGUGGUAGAGCUGGCUGCCAAAAGAAGCGGACUGGACACAGAGGAAGUUCGAGCAAAUGUGCCUGCAGAGCUCAGCGUAUGGAUUGACCCCUACGAGGUUUCCUAUCAGAUUGGGGAGCAGGGCCCGGUGAAGCUGCUCUACCUGGAGGACCCUCCAGGCCUCGUCUGUGAUGGUGACAGAGCUGAGGGAGUGAUGGCUGAGGGUAAAGGAGGCGCAGAGGCUGAGGAGGGCAAGACCAUGGGCUUUAACCCAGACGCUCAGGUGUUCGUUCCAGUGGGAAGCCAGGUAUCUCCUGCCCUCAUGCCAUCCUUGUCCAGCUCCCCGACACCUCUCUCCUCCCAGCCCUGCCCAGGGGUCUUUAGCUACCCCGGCUCCAGCACACCCACCGACCCUGGGGCCCACUCUUCCAACAUGUCCACCCCAUCUCCUCCCAGCAGUGGGAUUCCCUACCUUCCCCCUCAGCAGCCACCGUCCACUCUUCCUCCCGUCCGGCCACAGCCCAUGACCUUCACCACUGCCAGCUUUGCCGCCACUAAAUUCGGCUCCACCAAAAUGAAGAAGUGCAGCGGGGCCGGGUCGGUGCCCAGCUCCGGCGUCAUUUUGCCACCCCCCCAAAGGAUGCUCUCCCGCUCUCCCACCACCAUGUCUGCUCCAGAACUGAUCAAGCACAAGCCCCUCUCUCUGUCGUUGCACUCCCUUGGAGCCCCCAUGUCCAGCCAGCUCUCCCCCAAUGCCAAAGAGUUCGUCUACCCAGGAUCCCCUGGGCCUCUGUUCUUUGAUGCUGACUCUCAGCCCCUGCAGCCUCAUGCCAGCCCUUUCCAACCUCCCCACACUGUCAGCACCAACCCGCCCUUUGACUCCUUCUCCACCCCCCCUACCCAGAGCAUGAGCAUCAUUGGCAGCAGCGGAGGAAUCUCUUACAUGGAGAAGCCAUUCGUUGAAGGAUUAGGAAGCUACAGCCUGCAGUACCCAAGUCAGUCCUUCCAGCCGGUUGUUCUGGCCAACUAAGCCUUCGUUUACAAAGAGCUGGACAGUGAUGCUGAGCAGAAUUUCACUUUCCUAACCGGUUGUUCUCAUGCUAUCCAGUGCUAUUUAGAUUCAGUUUUACUAACAAGAAAAAUGUCUAACUGGUUACUGUUUCAUGUAACUGGAUUUCUAACUUUAGAUAACCUCAAGAUCUGUUUAUCUAUAACCGUUUCAGAGUUGGCACUGACACCAGAGUGACUGGGAUGAGUUGGUUUUUUUUCCUUCUUUUAUUCUCCCUUAAACAUCAUUUAUUCUGCGUUGAAUGUUGUCGGUCGGUGUUCUGCUGGGCUUGACUGAAAUAUGGCUCCAUUUUGCACUGCACUGUCAUGCUGUGAAUAAAGGACUUUGCCAGGUCCUGCAGGAGAGGAAACGUCUGUGGAAAAGUCAGCACUUUGCUCUGCAAUCUGCUCUGCCCUACUGGCCAAAAAUACAAAAAGAGACGAGGGCGGCGGCGGGGGGGGGGCUGUUUCUACAGUGUGUUGUGGCUCAGGCUCGUGGCGGUUUGUGGAGCAGGCCUUUCACCUUCUGGCAUGUGAACCCGGGCAGAGGCUGACAUGACGGGAAAGGAGCAGAAGGUUGUUUUUGAAGGGCUGCUGUGUUGAAUGUACUGUUUCAGUGCUGGGGAGGGUAGUGCAGCUGGAAAGGUUGGAGGGAGCCUUUGUGAAUGCGAGACCGAUGAAUCUGCGUUUAUGGACCAUAACCAGGUGUUGGCCUCCUCAGUGGAAUUCUGGGAAAUGUGUCUGUUUGCAUUAAUCUGCACAUGCAUGCAGUAUGUGAAGGUGAAUGGGCUGGUGGGGAGGGGGUGCAGCAGCUAAGCAGUAAGGAUCGUGACAAAUGGCUUAGCAGGACUUUGACACGAAGGAGAGCUUUUUUUUCCUUCCACACAGGAUGGAAAGAAACGGGAAGAUGGAAGGGAAGUGAGACAAAAGGGGAGAUGAGUCUGUUUGUGCGUUGUCCAUUGUGUAUUGGCGAAAGCUGGGGUGCUUUAAAACCCAGCGCACGUUUCUGGUGAGCUUAAAUGGUAUUGAAGCAAGCGAAAGGCGCAGACUAUUCUCUCCCUCCUUUUGAAAUUCCCCUGCAGUCUCUGCUGCUCAGCCUGAGACUGGGAACAGUUCGGGUUCCUCUGGACAAAGAGCAGCGUUUCUGAGAAGGUUCAUUUCACAGUGAGGUCACACGGUGGUGGUGGUGGUGGUGGUAGUGAUGAUGAGCCAUUACGGGGAAAGGUAACCUCCAGCUGUCCUGCACUUUAACACUGGGUUCCUGAUGCUGUCGGCACAGACAUCAGUUCCUGACCAUUUGUUUGGUUGUUGCACAUUUUAUUCUAAAAAAUGCUUCAGAAAUGUAGAAAGUUUGUACUUCAUUGCAUUAAACUUUAAUUCUUAGCUGUUAAUUUGAAUAUUUUCCAAACCUGAGGCAUUUUUGUUGACCUUUGCUCACUACGGUCUUGCAUUUGGUUUUUCAGAAUCACACUUUUUUUUUUUACAUUUUACUUUAAAGGAAAUAAGAUGGGGAUACAAAUGCAAGAAGCUUUUUUGUUGCUGUUUUUUUCUUGGCCCUUGCAUUUGAUCGAAUAUUUGUUAGCAUCUCCAGGAAAAUGUUGGUCCAUAUUAAAGUUCUUUUUGUUCAGAUGUUUUUUUAGUUUCAUAUGUGCUAAAUUUAUAUUUUCAGAAAAUAAAACGAAUAUAUGCAAACUGAGAGAAAAUAAAGAUGUACAGAAUAAAGUUUUGAAUGUGUAUUGUACCUUGUACAACCUUUGUCUCUAAUGACGGGUAAAUGUAUUUCUCUGCAGCUCUGAUGGCUCGAGAUGGGAAUGUUUACAGCAGGAUUUUGUUGGAGGAAAAACGGCCAAUAGACAUUAUUCUUUAGAUUUCUGAAGUAAUAUAUUUACCUAAUAGGCAGCAGAUUUACACCAAAAAUUCCUACAUUUCCUAAGGUUUAUAUUUUGAGCAUACCAAUGUUAAAAUCAUUUUUGAUCUUUUUUAAUUCCUUCAACUUUCUUUAUUUUUGGCCUUUUGAUAUUAUAGUUUCCAUUUUUCGUUUGGGAAAAGUCCUUAUUGUAAAUUGGUAUUUUUUUUACCCAGAAUUUUUCCAACUAAUAAUAAUUGGUUAACAAUCCAGGCUUUCUUUCGUUUACAAAGCUCACUAUUCUAGUACAAUUCCAACACCGUCAUAGUUUAGAAGGAUUGAGAAAAACAAAUGUGAUUUUUGAUUGAAUCAGCUGUCCUAGUUUAAAUAAGCUGAGAAAAAAUAGCAUGAGCUUUAUUUUGAAAGGAGGAAAUCUGGUCCUGGUCACAACAGUUCAGGGUUGCAGGUUUUAUUGAUGCUGUAACCAAGUAUACAUCCAUAAUAAAUGAAGGCAAGCAGGGAUGAAGAUAAAUGAAUAAUUUUGUACUCUAGUGUCCUUAUAACAGUGUGUGGGGUUUUUUGCACAUGGAAAUAUUUCAUUGUCAAAGUUUUAUUUUCUAUGUAGACUUUAAAGAGUUAAAUAGAAAUACAAGCUCAGAUGAUUAUAUGAAGAUCAAAAAUGGCUUUGUUUUUGCUUGUAUUUUAUUUUUCCUCUUUUGUAUCCAAUCUGUACACCCUGUAGAUGUUUAAAGAAUCUUUCACAACUGAAAUGCAAUGACCUGUUUUCUGUGCUGCCCCUCUGGAAUGGGGGAGUUACUACUGCAGUUUCUUAUUGUACCAGAUUCUUUUUUUAAGUUUAUAAUAAAAAACAGACUGACAAAAGUAAAGCAUGGAAAA